GCAGAGCGCAGACAGAGAUAAAGUCAUCGAGCUUGAACUGCAGCAACUGAAAGUCUCUGUUUACGCAGCGACACCAGCAGCAGGAUGGGCUCCAGCAGCUCCAGCAGGAACAAAAUCCCCAACGCCCAGGAGCUCAUGGACCAAACUGGAUUCUCGUCUGCUCACCUCCUCCGUCUGUACGACAGGUUUGAGAGUCUGGACAGAGACAACAGAGGAUACCUCAGCCCUGACGAUUUUGAAGCACUCGGAGGUUUGGCCAUGAACCCCAUCGGAGGCAGAAUCAUAGAUGCCUUUUUCUCUUCGGGACAGGAUACCGUGGACUUUUCCUCCUUUGUCCGGAUUCUGGCUCAUUUCCGUCCAGCUGACAGAAACCGUAACAAAGAAGGAACACAGCAAGAGCUCCCCAACUGCAGGACCAGGAAGCUCAAAUUUGCCUUUCAGCUGUAUGAUCUGGACCGAGAUGGGAAGAUUUCCAGAGAGGAGCUUCUUCAGGUUCUGCGGGCGAUGCUGGGGCUGCAGGUGACGGAGGAGCAGCUGCAGAGCAUAGCUGAGCGAGCCAUUCAGGAGGCCGACCUCGACAAAGAUGAUGCCAUCUCCUUUGACGAGUUCAAAAAGUCACUGGAGAAAGUGGACAUUGAUACCAAGAUGAGUAUCGGCUUCCUGAAAUAAAGACACAACCUGCUAAGAAUUUACAUCAGCAUAAAGAUCCCAGCAGGAAACAUCUGCAGUUUGAGAUCAGCUCUCCAAACCAAACUGGAGAUCUGGUGGAUAGACUGAUGUUACUCCUGUGCACGCUGGGCUGCAGCUGGAUUUGCAGUGUUCAUCAGCGUUCCCGUGAGCCAGCAUGCACAAAAGCAGCACAGACCCUGAAUGCAGUGCAGUCACGCACCUGAACACACCUGCGACAUGUUAACAGUCUUAAAAGGGAAAUAAUAAAG